AUGGUGCGAAAGCUAAAGCAUCAUGAGCAAAAGCUCUUGAAGAAGGUCGACUUCAACACGUACAAAAGCGACAAUGAUCACCGGGAAGCAGCCGUCAUGCGUCGCUACGCAAUCCAAGGACGCGACGAUUACCGAAAAUAUAAUCAGCUCGCCGGAUCCCUGCGACAACUUGCCCACCGCGUAGCCGCUCUCGAUCCGUCCGACCCCUUCCGUCACAAGCAGGAGGACUUGAUCUUGGAGAAGUUGUUCUCCAUGGGUCUGCUCGGUACCGGUGGUGGCGGCCGUGGAAAACUCUCAGACGUUGAACACAAGCUUACGGUGUCGGCAUUUGCACGGAGGAGGUUACCGGUUGUCAUGACUAGGCUACGCAUGGCAGAUCAUGUACAGUCUGCUGUCACACUCGUCGAGCAAGGACAUGUCAGAGUCGGUACGGAUGUCGUCACGGACCCGGCCUACCUUGUCACAAGGAACAUGGAAGAUUUUGUCACCUGGGUCGAUUCCUCCAAGAUCAAGCGCAACAUUAUGAAGUACCGCGAUAAGCUGGACGACUUCGAGCUCGAGGCGCUAUAA